ACUCGCAGCUGUUAGGAGACGAGACCGGAGAGCAGAGCCACGUCAAGCAGACCUUCCUCAAAUACAGAGAGAAAAAGAGAAGAAGAAGAAGAAAGUGGAGAUAUGACUCUGUCAGCUGUGCAACAACUUUUUCUGCUGUGUUUAUUCAUUUGCUUUGGAUGUUGGAGCACAACAGAUGCCAGUCCUCUUGAUCAGUGGGAAGACGGCAUAGCGUUACAAAAGGUGCGAGGGAUCAGAAGUGAUGAUUUGAGUGGUGUGCUGCGGAGAGACCAGAAUGAGGAGCAGGUUCAGAAUGUCUUCAAAAGAUUCCUGUUUCAUUACUCCAAAGCACGCAACUCUGUUGGAGCUGUACAAAAAGAGUCUCAUUCAGUUCACCCUCUCAUGCGACUUUCACCAAAGCUUUCCCAGAGGAGAAAGAAGAAGGUGGUACUUUUGAAGAUUCGAGGUCUGCCAGAGGGGAUGUUGUAAAAGGGAAAAAAAGAAAAAUCUGAAAACAAACACACACCUAUCAGAAGAAGAGCAGCUGGCAGCUCCACCUGCGGACAUCACACUCAAAAUCAACUGAUGGACCACGCAACAGCAUCUGUAACUUUUUUGUUAACAGAAACAAUUUGAUUGUACAGCUGGAAAAAAAAACUGAAGUGUGUUGCUAAAGCUGCCGUGUGUCUUGUUGCUUCCAAAUGCAAAAAAAUAAAUAAAAAAAUUGGUGUCACCGGAUGGGAACUGUCACCAAGCAAAUUUGGCAGAUUGU